AUGGGAAAAAAUUCUAUUGUAUUUUUGAUGUUGCAUUUGAUUACAGUAUAUACCGCAUUCAGUGCAUCGCCGAUCGUUCGACUUAGUGCAAAAUCCGCCAGUGAAUCUACUCCAAUGUGGCAAACGGCACAAGUAUUAAACGUAUCAGCACCUGCUAAUUGGGUUGAUUACAUGGGUGUAACAACAACAGACGGCUCAGUUGGACAAGCUCAAGUUGAAAUAUCUACACUUGCUACAGUAAUGACAAGCUUGCUCAUUCCAGAAAAAUUUCGUGAUCGAGCAGUUGAAAGUGUUAAAAUAUUAAUAGUAGCUGCAAUCGAAGGGUCGUACAUAGCUCAAGCAUUUACGUUUAACAGCCAAUCAGACGCUUUAUUGACAACAUUAUUGAUUGUUGCAAAAAAAAUAGAUUCACCAACUAAUCCAAAAUUACCAGUAACGGCUACGUAA